UUGACCAGAGGAAGUCUUCUGCCAGAUGUUUCCGGUAGUGUAACAUUAUUUAUGCUAUGAAAAAAGAAUAAACAUGAUUUCAUCAACGCACUGUAAAACAAGAAUUACUUUGGAUAUCUUCCACUAACUGUACGAGUAGGUUAAAAUGUACCAUUGACCUCAAGGAAGUUUGGCGGGAACUUGACCACAACCUCUGUCAUCUCUAGAACUUAAAUGUUGUUCUGCAAACAUGACAACCGAGACCUUCGUCAAAGACAUCAAGCCAGGACUAAAAAACCUAAACGUACAUUUUAUUGUAUUGGAAACAGGACGUGUAACCAAAACUAAAGAUGGCCAUGAAGUGCGUACCUGUAAGGUGGCCGAUAAGACAGGCAGCAUCAGCAUCUCUGUUUGGGAUGAGGUGGGAGGACUCAUUCAGACAGGCGACAUCAUCAAACUUACUAAAGGCUAUGCCUCUAUUUUCAAAGGCUGCCUAACGCUCUACACUGGAAGAGGAGGAGAGUUGCAGAAGAUUGGAGAGUUCUGUAUGGUUUACUCAGAGGUGCCAAACUUCAGCGAACCUAAUCCUGAGUACCUUGCCCAAAACAACAAAGUGGGCUUAAAUGACAAUGGGAACAACAGUGGGAACAACAGUGGAACCAACAGUGGGAACAACAGUGGGAACAACAGUGGAACCAACAGUGGAACCAACAGUGGAACCAAC